GAAAUAUUCCCAGCUGAGGGUUAUUAGUGUCGACUAGGAUUUUAGUUGGAAGAAUUUAUUUUUUUGUCCAAGCAAGAUUAUGGAAAUUGAAACUUCAAUUGAAGCUGCUUUCAAUGAGGCAGCCUCACUUGUUGAAUCUUCUGCAAGCAACAACAAGGGUACACAUUUAGACGACAAAUUGAUGCUGCAGCUCUACGGUCUCUACAAAGUGGCCACUGUUGGGGAGUGCAAGGAUCAGCAGCCAACUCUUUAUUCAGGCAUAUUCAACAUGAAGGCGAGGUGGAAAUGGUCGGCUUGGAAGGAAUUUUCCAGCCUCAGUAAACAUGACGCCAUGGUCAAGUACAUUGAGGUCGUGAAGGAGUCAUUUGGCUGGGAACCCAAUUCCAAUCAUCAUGCACAACAACGACCCCCUUCUUCCUCAAACGUUUUUAUGAUGGGCAAUAGCGUGAGCUCCUUUGCAAUUCCGUCGCCUGAGGAGGACGUGGACGAAGAAUCCGAUCCUGUGUUUGCAUGGGCCAAAGAUGGUGAUCUUAUCAAACUGAGGGGAUGGCUGGAAAAUAAUGUUUCAAAAAUCAACAGCAUAGCUGAUUCCAAUGGAUUAAAACCGUUACAUUGGGCAUCUGACAGAGGGCAUCUUUCCACUUGUCAACUUUUACUGAAGUUUGGAGCUAAUCCUCACGUUGUGGACAAUGACGGAAUGACGCCUUUAGAGUAUGCCGAAACAUGCGACCAUGCAGAAAUUGUCGCUCUGUUAAGAGGAAACACGUUAUGACCGCAUCACACUCAUGAAAUUUUUUUAGCGAUGAUAAAAAAUAAGUAAAUUUAAGCUUUGAAUUCAAGGAAAUGAAACAAAAUUCUGUAAUUGUUCUUGUAUGUUUUGCCAGACUUUUAUUUAGAGCUUGUUUAAUAAUGUUUAAUAUCCGUCAUACACAUACAUACAUAUAGUUGCUUGUGAGCUGAAGUACAAAUCUAUUAAUGAGUACAUAUAUAUGAUGAAGCACAUUUUUUUGUGUAGAAUAUUAUCUUAAAUAUUACAGAGUUAUCUUUAGUAUAGUUUAAUUUAAUGAUAU